AUGGUGAAGGCUCAAGACUGUGAAAAGGCAUAUCUGAGAAAAGGUUCUUGGACUCCUGAAGAAGACCAGAAAUUGAAAGCUUAUAUCCGUAGAUAUGGCAUUUGGAACUGGGCUCAGAUGCCAAAGUAUGCAGGUUUGUUAAGAGCAGGGAAAAGUUGUAGGCUUCGUUGGAUGAAUUACCUGAGACCAGAUAUUAAGCGUGGAAACUUCAGUGAAGAAGAAGAAGAAAUCAUAAUCAAGCUGCAUCAGGAACUGGGAAAUCGAUGGUCCCUUAUUGCAUCAAAACUGCCUGGAAGAACCGAUAAUGAGAUUAAAAAUUACUGGCACGCCCGCCUAAACAAGAAGUGCUUCCAAGGAAAAGAAAGGGCUGCUAUUAACGCCAACCAGAAGUAUUCGUCUCAAGCCGGUUCCUCGCCACCUAUCAAUGAUCUAUACGCAUCCAACUUCGACAGCCAUAAGGCUUCUCUCACAUCAUCACAAUUAUCAACUGGUGAUUAUUCUUCAUCAAGCUCUAAUCCUACUAGUGACAUUUACGGAAUGCAGACCCCGGAAGAGGACAUCGAUUUAUUUGAAACAUAUGGAGAUCUUCAAAGUUUACUGGAGGAGUCAUUUCCGGUGGAAGGAUUUCACAUGGACGGAUAUUACGGGGCUAAAGCUCCGGGGUUUAUGGUUCCAACUUCACAGGGAGAGUUUUCGGACGAAGAACUCCAAAAUUCAUUAGAACAACCGUUUCCAGGGGACGGUUUGGAUAUGUUGGAUGUUCUAGAGGCUAGAGAUCCUGAAAUAGUGAAGCCAAUUUCUCAAGGAGAGUUCACUGAAGAAGAACCCCAAAUUUUAUUGGAGCAGCCAUUUCCAGUGGAGAAUUUUGACAUGUUUGAAGGCUACGUACCGGCAAUAGACCCAAGUUCUAUGGUAACAGCUCCUCAGGUGGGAUUUUCAGAUGAAGAACUCCGAAGUUUAUUGGAGCAGCCAUUGCCCAGUGAACUAUCAACUUCUCAGUGGGGGCUCCAAGAGGAUCCAUAUCCAUUUGCUUCCAACUACAAUGGUUGCAAUGAUUUUCUAAUGGAUGUGCCAUAG